CGAAUUUAAUGGCGAGUUCACGGUGAAUGGCAGGUAUGCAAAUAAAAGUAUAAUUACAAAGACAGUUGCACUGCUCGAAACAUGUGAUAUAAGCGAAUGGUAUCGAAAUCAUGUUGUUGAGCCAACGCUAAAAUCCCUCGAUGAAUUUCAAGAAAGUGAUAGUGGUUGGACAUUAAGUUCAAUUUUGAAUUUAACUGUGAACAUUAAUAAAUAUAAUUCUAUGCGUGCGGGUUGUCAUAUAACAUUAUCAAAACACAUUAGAUUGAAAAAAGCAGUGAUCAAUGUGAAAUCUAAUGAUAACGCGUGUUUCGGCUGGGCGAUCGUUGCGGCCCUCCACCCCGCCGCCAAUCAUAGUGAUCGCUCAUCAUCAUAUCCACACUACUCAACGAUCUUAAAUCUUGCGGGUAUCAACUUCCCCAUGACUUUAGAUCAAAUAAAUAAAUUUGAGAGCCUCAACAAUCUCUCGAUAAAUAUAUAUAGUGCACCGAAUGAUGUUGUUCAACCUAUUCGAUUGAGUAAACAAAAAAGGGAGCGACACAUCAAUUUGCUGUACAUAGAAGAUGUGAUGGAUACAAAUGUGGGACACUUCGCAUGGAUUAAAAAUCUUUCCCAUUUAGUGAGCAAGCAACUGAAUACUCACAAUGGUCGAAAAUACAUCUGUGAUCGAUGCCUGCAUUAUUUUUCAUCUCAUGAGAAGCUCCAAUCACAUGAGGUGGAUUGUGGCGAGAUGAAUAAUUGCGCGAUUCUGCUGCCGAACGCACAUGACAAAUGGUUGGAAUUCAAGAACGUGAAUCGAAAGGAGCUUCUACCGUUUAUCGUGUAUGCCGACCUCGAGUGCAUUUUGAAAAAAACCACGGCUGAAGAUAUGGACCGCAAUAAAUAUCAACAUCACCAAGUCUUCAGCGUGGGAUACUACGUCAACUGCUCGUAUGACGAAUCAUUGUCAGGGUAUCACACACAUCGGGGCGAGGACUGCGUUCAAUGGUUCGUACGUAGAUUAGAACAAUUGGCGAAACAAGUAGCAACCAUUUUAUAUACCAUUAUUCCGAUGAAUGAAUUGACUCCUCAAGAAUGGCGAAAAUUCCGAGAAAAUAAGGAAUGUCAUAUCUGUGAGAAAUCAUUCGUAGAGUAUGAUGUUCGAGUACGCGAUCAUUGCCAUUUAACAGGCAAAUUCAGAGGUCCAGCGCACCAGGACUGUAAUUUAAAAUAUCAAGAAUCAUUCUUCAUCCCCAUAGUUUUCCAUAAUUUGUCGGGCUAUGAUGCUCAUUUUAUUAUAAAAGAAGUAGCUACAGCGUUUGAGGGAAAAACCGAUUUACUACCCAUAACGAAAGAAAAGUAUAUUUCUUUUUCGAAAACCGUUAUAACUUCGAAGGAUUAUAGGAAAAAUAUUAAGUUGCGCUUCAUUGAUCCAUAUAGAUUUCUGAACACAAGUCUUGAUAAAUUGGCAUCUUUCUUGACUCAUGAUCAACUCACGGUUUUAAAAUCUGAAUUCCGAGAUACCGAUAACUUCAAUCUGCUAACGCGAAAAGGUGUAUUCCCAUACGAGUACAUCGAUAGUUUUGACAGACUGGAGGAAACGGCACUUCCACCGCGAGAAUCAUUCUAUAGUUCUUUAACCGAUUCAACGGUAUCGGAAAGUGAGUAUGCUCAUGCUUUAACCGUUUGGGAGCGGUUUUCCACUCAAACGCUUGGCGAAUACAGUGAUUUGUAUUUGAAAACCGAUGUUUUAUUACUAGCUGACAUUUUUGAAAACUUUCGUAACACCUGUUUGAAAAGUUACGGUCUUGAUCCCGCAUAUUAUUAUACACUUCCUGGAUACACCUGGGAUGCAAUGAUGCGAUACACAAAGAUCAGAUUCGAAUUGCUCACAGAUAUUGACAUGGUCUUAUUUGUAGAAAGGGGCAUUCGGGGGGGUCUAAGCCAAUGCAGUGGUAGAUAUGCCCGCGCCAAUAAUAAAUACAUGCCAUCGUAUGAUCCAUCAGAACCGUCCACGUUUUUAAUGUAUUAUGAUGUUAAUAAUUUAUAUGGAUGGGCAAUGAGCCAAGCAUUGCCCUACGAUCAGUUUGAGUUUAUUGAAAAUGUUGAGAAUUUCGAUGUAGAAUCGAUUCCAUUGAAUGGUACACAUGGUUAUCUGCUUGAGGUCGAUUUAGAAUAUCCAGAAGACCUACAUGAUAUCCAUAGUGAUUUACCAUUCUGUCCGAGCCACGAAAAACCUCCGGGUAAACAGCACGAGAAGCUCAUUGCUUCACUGCAGGCGAAAAAGCGGUACAUCAUUCACUAUCGCGCAUUACAGCAAUGCUUAAAACACGGUGUAAAACUCACGAAAAUACAUCGGAUUUUGAAAUUUAGGCAAUCAUCAUGGCUUCAGAAAUAUAUCGACCUGAAUACCCAGUUUCGAACAAAUGCCAAGAAUGAGUUUGAAAAAAAUCUGUUUAAACUAAUGAACAAUGCGGUUUUUGGGAAAACGAUGGAAGAUGUUCGAAGUCAUGUUCAAGUGAAACUUUUGACGGAAUGGGCAGGAAGAUUUGGUGCCGAAGCCAUGAUUGCGAAACCCAACUUUCAUAGCCGUAGUAUUUUCGCUGAAAAUUUAAUUGCUGUAGAGCUACGGAACUUGCAGGUCAAGUUUAAUAAGCCGAUAUACGUUGGAAUGUCAAUUCUAGAUAUAUCGAAAACAUGUUUGUAUGAGUUUCAUCACGAAUUCAUGUCUCCGAUAUAUCAGAAUAAAUGUAAAAUAUUGUACACUGACACCGAUAGUUUAAUAUAUCACAUUGAAUGUGAUGAUGUAUAUAAUGAUAUGAAGAACAAUCUUAAUAAGUAUGAUACAAGCGAUUAUCCCAUCGAUAAUAAAUAUAAUAUACCGCUAGUUAAUAAAAAAGUACCCGGUCUCAUGAAAGAUGAGAAUAACGGGGCUAUUAUGACCGAAUUCGUGGGACUUAGAUCAAAAAUGUACGCAACACGAGUUUUAGGUAAGAAUGAUGUAAAAAAAGCCAAGGGUGUUAGUAGUAAUGUUGUAGCGCGAACUAUAACUUUCGACGAUUAUACUAAAUGUUUGAAUGAGGAAAUUGAGAUGAAACGCACUCAAGCAUCGAUUAGAUCUACUUUACACAAUGUAUAUACUAUUAAGGAAACAAAAAUAGCUCUAAGUCCGCAUGACGACAAGCGCUACAUUAUUCCUGGCACAGUGAAUACUUUGCCAUGGGGUCAUCGUGACAUUCCAUAAUGUCUUUGAAAGCGAUGUAAAUAAGUAUGAGUGGGUGAGAGCGAGAGAGAGUUUGUACAUUGGAAGUGAAAUAAAAAAAAAAAAAAAUC